CGCCGAGCGAGGGAGGGCCUGCGUCGAAGAGGAAAGAGAAGGGAAAAGGGGCGGGAGACGGAGAAGGAGGGGCGGUGCCCGAGUCACGUGACCCGGGGCAGCCCGGAAAGCUCCGAGGAGGAGCCUGGCGCCGCCAUUUUCCUGCAGCUGCCUGUCCCUUUUGCCCUGACCGGCUUCAGCUGACCAGGGAAGGGGUGGGCUGAGCUGAGGCGGGGGCAGGGGAGUGCCCGGUAUCGUGCCUGACCCCGCGGGUGACAAGAGCCGGUUCUUUCCGGGCUGGGUGGCAGCGCGCGGCCCUGAGCCCCGCCCCAGGCCGGCAGGCGGAGAAGGAGCCGGUGGGGGUAGGGGGGGUGGGGGUCCUCCGGCGCUUGGGGGUCCCAGUCCCCGCCGGCUGCCGAGCGGGAGGGGUGGCGGAGGAGCCGCAGAGAUGUCCGGCCAGAGCUUGACGGACCGAAUCACCGCCGCCCAACACAGUGUCACCGGCUCCGCCGUGUCCAAGACAGUAUGCAAGGCCACGACCCACGAGAUCAUGGGGCCCAAGAAAAAGCACCUGGACUACUUAAUUCAGUGCACAAAUGAGAUGAAUGUGAACAUCCCGCAGUUGGCAGACAGUUUAUUUGAAAGAACUACUAACAGUAGUUGGGUGGUGGUCUUCAAAUCUCUCAUUACAACUCAUCAUUUGAUGGUGUAUGGAAAUGAGCGUUUUAUUCAGUAUUUGGCUUCAAGAAACACGUUGUUUAACUUAAGCAAUUUUUUGGAUAAAAGUGGAUUGCAAGGAUAUGAUAUGUCUACCUUUAUUAGGCGGUAUAGUAGAUAUCUAAAUGAAAAAGCAGUUUCAUACAGACAAGUUGCAUUUGAUUUCACAAAAGUGAAAAGAGGGGCUGAUGGAGUUAUGAGAACAAUGAACACAGAAAAACUCCUAAAAACUGUACCAAUUAUUCAAAAUCAAAUGGAUGCCCUUCUUGAUUUUAAUGUUAAUAGCAAUGAACUUACAAAUGGGGUAAUAAAUGCUGCCUUCAUGCUCCUGUUCAAAGAUGCCAUUAGACUGUUUGCAGCAUACAAUGAAGGAAUUAUUAACCUGUUGGAAAAAUAUUUCGAUAUGAAAAAGAACCAGUGCAAAGAAGGUCUUGACAUCUAUAAGAAGUUCCUGACUAGGAUGACAAGAAUCUCAGAGUUUCUCAAAGUUGCAGAGCAAGUUGGAAUUGACAGAGGUGAUAUACCAGACCUUUCACAGGCCCCCAGCAGUCUUCUUGAUGCUUUGGAGCAACAUUUAGCUUCCUUGGAAGGAAAGAAAAUCAAAGAUUCUACAGCUGCAAGCAGGGCGACAACACUUUCCAACGCAGUCUCUUCCCUGGCAAGCACUGGCCUGUCUCUUACCAAAGUGGAUGAAAGGGAAAAGCAGGCAGCAUUAGAGGAAGAACAGGCUCGUUUAAAAGCUUUAAAGGAACAGCGCCUAAAAGAACUUGCAAAGAAACCUCAUACCUCUUUAACAACUGCAGCCUCUCCUGUGUCCACCUCAGCAGGAGGUAUAAUGACUGCACCAGCCAUUGACAUAUUUUCUACCCCUAGUUCUUCUAACAGCACAUCAAAGCUACCAAAUGAUCUGCUUGAUUUGCAACAGCCAACUUUUCACCCAUCUGUACUUCCUAUGUCAGCUGCUUCUCAGGUAGCAAGUACAUGGGGAGAUCCUUUCUCUGCUACUGUAGAUGCUGUUGAUGAUGCCAUUCCAAGCUUAAAUCCUUUCCUCACAAAAAGUAGUGGUGAUGUUCACCCUCCCAUUUCUUCAGAUGUAUCCACUUUUACUACUAGGACACCUACUCAUGAAAUGUUUGUUGAUUCUUUUUGUGGUACUCAAGCUUAUCGUAAUACUACCCUUAUGUGCCAUGAGCCUUCUACUGUAGCUGGUUUAUUUGGAGGAUUCACUCCUUCUCCAGUUGCACAGCCACAUCCUUCAGCUGGCCUUAAUGUUGACUUUGAAUCUGUGUUUGGAAAUAAAUCUACCAACGUUAUUGUAGAUUCUGGGGGCUUUGAUGAACUAGGUGGACUUCUCAAACCAACAGUGGCCUCUCAGAACCAGAGUCUUCCUGUUGCCAAACUCCCACCUAACAAGUUAGUAUCUGAUGACUUGGAUUCAUCCUUAGCCAACCUUGUUGGCAAUCUUGGCAUUGGAAAUGGAACCACUAAGAAUGAUGUAAAUUGGAGUCAGCCAGGUGAAAAGAAGCUAACUGGAGGGUCUAACUGGCAACCAAAGGUUGCACCAACAACUGCUUGGAAUGCUGCAACAAUGAAUGGCAUGCAUUUUCCACAAUACGCACCCCCUGUAAUGGCCUAUCCUGCUACUACACCAACAGGCAUGAUAGGAUAUGGAAUCCCUCCUCAAAUGGGAAGUGUACCUGUAAUGACACAACCAACCUUAAUAUACAACCAGCCUGUCAUGAGACCACCAAACCCUUUUGGCCCUGUAUCAGGAGCACAGCUGUCGGCAGCAUCCAGCCCCUCCAGUCCCAGUCCUCACAGAGCUUCAGGAAAGGACCCUUUUGCAGAGCUCUCUUUGGAGGAUUUCUUAUAAAUCACUUUAGAUACAGUUUAUGUAACUAGAUGGAAGAGAAUGGAAUUAUUCCAAAAAGACAAGUGCUCAAGCAGCAAAUACUUACUUCCAGCAAAAUCCAAACUGCUGUCUCUUAAACUCUCAUUAGAAUGCUACAGUAACCCAAUGAAGGCCCAUGAAGGAAAUUGGGACUAGUCUAUAGGAGAACGUAUCAAUACAGUUUAUAAAGCCAAGAAUUGCCAUGAAUUCAGACUGUCUUUUUGGUGACUAAUUCUUCAGUUCUUUCAUCUCCUAUUAAUACCCAUAAUCAGUAACCUACCAAGAAAAGCCCUUAUUUGGAAAGAGUGAAAUUUGUAUUUGGAAAAGCUGCCUGGAGAGAAGAGCUGUGUCCUUUACUGUAAUGCAACAGGACUCUUUUGGGGGGAUCAAAUCAUAAUUCUUAAUUAUACAGUAUCUUUCUUUUCUCCAGUCCUCACAGAUACAGAAACAGUAACUAAAAUUAACUUUUCUUUUAAAAAAUUAUAUAUUCAGUUUGCAGUAGACAUUCCUUAAGUAUUUGUAUUUAUUUAUGAUUAUCAAUUUACGUAACAUUAAUAUUGUAUCAAACCUCCUUAUGAAAAUGAGUAUGGAUGUACACAGUAUGUUUGAUUUUUAUCCAUAAGAAUGAAUCUGAUUCAGAAUGCUUUUCAGCUGACAUACAGAGCACUAAAUAUUUUAAGGCAAGUCCAUAGGUCUGAAUCGCUUAAGAAUUCUCAGUUUCUAUGGGAUUUAGGGAAGCAUUAUAAAUGCAUUAAUCCUUAUAGUCAAUUCUGUGCCUAGGAUUU